AAUACCGCCAAAGAAGUGACAAAACAAAACAAAAUAGCACAAAAUUUAUUCAGCCAGUCACCGUUUAUCAUGAUUUCUUUAUACACCGUAUUCCUCUGUCGAUUUUGGGUCUCAGUUUGAUCAGAUAAACCAAGGACGGAGGUUCCUAUUGAUCUUAUAAAGUGAAAAAAAUAAUUUUCCAGCUUAACACACAAAAAAAAUUAACAAAAAAGCAAGCUAGAUUCAAAGUGCACUUAGUUUAAGGAAUAAAACAAAACUUAAAUUUAAAAAGGGGUUAACACAUAAAGACAUUUAUUCUCAAGCAAGUUGGGAAAUAUGGUGAUUUUUUAUGCCAGAUAUGCAUUUCUGUUCUGGUUCUUUGUGGGUACCAAUCAAGGUCAACUAAUGCGAUUGUCCCAGAUCUCCGAGGACGAGACUCUGCUCAAUGUAACCUCCUGUACACAAAAUUGCAUUGAAAUUGGAGAAAAAGACUUUCGGGGGUGCUUUAGGGAUUGUCGCUAUAAUGACACUGCUCCUGCUCCACUACGGAAAGUUCAGGACAACUUUCAGCUUCAGAUGCAAUGUCACACGGAGUCCCAGCUGGUUUUUCGCAUUGAUUGGGUGCAACAUAGCAAAGGAAACGAUACCGCUCCAAACGUCACCUAUAUAAUCAAAUUGGAUACUGCCAACAAUGAUUUUGAUGAGACUAUCCUUUACUUGUCGGAUGACAAUUUUCUGGAGUUGCCUGAUUUAAGAGCCAAUUGCAGUUACAAUGUUACUGCUUUGGCUGUACAUGGAGAUGGAAGUUAUUCCUUUAUAGCCAAGGAUCUCAAAUUUGCCACUCUCAAGCGCGGUUAUCAGCCCAGUAAAAUGGGAGCUGUUGUUCUGGGUGGUUUUGAUGCCCAGCCCGGGGAUCUGCAGCAUAUAUCUGCCGAGAUUGAGUGGCAACCAUCAGCAGAGCGGAACUGCUUUUUUGACAUGGUAUCCUAUUCCACAAAUAGCGUUAAUAUGGACGAACCUAAGGUUGAGAAUUUUCGUGAUCUAACAAAACAAAACAGACACACCUUGAAGAAUCUGGAGUUUGGAAAAAACUAUUUAGUCGGCGUAAGGACAGUAAAUAUAAUGAACCGAUUGGAAAGUGAAGUGGAAUGGCUCACGAUAGAGGUGCCCACUUGCUUAGAGUGGUAUCCCUUUAAUUAUAGGCUUUGCUCUCCCCACAAGCCGGAGAAUUUAAGUGUCCUGCAGGAGCAAUAUCUACCAAACACCUUAGCCUUAAAUAUCACUUGGGCGCGUCCCACUCACCUGCCGGACAACUACACCUUGCUAAUUUAUGACUUGUAUGUGGGUGGUUCAAAGUUGAACUACACGGUGGACAAAAACUUGAGCCACUUUUUCAUACCAAAGAUCGAAGUAAAAGGCCCGAGCUUCGACGUGUAUUUAAUAGCAGAAUCCGAGGGAGGAACAAAUAUAACACAUUUGAACCUCAUAAAAGAACCAUUUGAAUCUUGGCUAAGUGGAGGAAACCUGGCCAAGCUAAUAAUCUUCAUAAUUGUGCCCAUUUUUUGCAUUGUAAUGCUCUGCUCCUUGACCCUAUGCCGGCGGAAUCGACAGGAUUGCCAAGCCCUGGAAAUGGAGUCGAAAGAUGGAAAGGCUGUCGGGAAUCAGGCCAGCGAUUUUCACCUGUCCAUAAUGGAUAGCAGUGGUCUGGGAUUGGUGACUCUGUCGGCUAACGAGAGCCUGGACAUCAUUGACGAGUUGGAGGUGGAACCGCGUUCGGUGCUCCUGCAGGAUGUCCUGGGCGAGGGAGCUUUUGGUUUGGUGCGACGAGGAGUAUACAAAAAACGACAAGUGGCAGUCAAGCUGCUAAAAGACGAGCCCAACGAGGAGGACGUGUAUGCCUUUAAGUGCGAAAUACAGAUGCUGAAAGCGGUGGGAAAACAUCCGAAUAUUGUUGGAAUUGUGGGCUAUUCCACUCGAUGUAGCAAACGAAUGAUGUUGCUCAUUGAAUAUUGCAGUCUUGGAAGUUUACAGAACUUUCUGAGGGAGGAAUGGAAAUUCCGGCAGGAGGGUACUGCCAUUGGGAUUAAGCAAAAUAUAGAAGAGAAUGUUGAGAAGCGCCGCUUUCAUCGACCUAACCGUAGCUCCAUUCAUGAUCGGAUUGAGGACAUUAAUGUCUCUAUGCUGUCCACCGUGGAAGAGGAAAGCGAAGCUGAUCAGACUAAAACUAGCAGUAGAGUGGAAACCUACACUUUAACUCGAAUCACCAAUGCAGCAAAUAAUCAGGGUUAUGGUUUGGAGGAUAUAGAAAAUAUAGGUGCUCAUCCUACAAAAUCUUCAGAUACCCAAGAGGAGAAGCCAAACAAGCAACGCAUUUUUGAGAACAAAGAGUAUUUUAACACUUUGGAUUCAACAGAUGCCAACAAGAAUUUAACAAGAGUUCCUCUGAAAUAUGCGGAUUUACUUGAUAUUGCUCAACAAGUGGCUGUUGGAAUGGAAUUUCUAGCUCAAAACAAAGUGGUUCAUCGCGAUCUUGCAGCCAGAAAUGUUUUAAUUUCACUGGAUCGUAGCAUUAAAAUUGCUGAUUUUGGAUUAAGUCGGGAUGUCUACCACGAGAAUGUCUAUCGCAAAUCUGGAGGAAGCGGCAAACUGCCUAUCAAGUGGCUGGCUCUGGAGUCACUCACCCAUCAAGUGUACACCAGCCAAAGCGAUGUUUGGUCGUUUGGAGUGUUACUCUAUGAGAUCACCACGCUGGGAGGAAUGCCGUAUCCCUCAGUUUCACCUGGCGAUCUUCUGCAGCUACUGCGUCAGGGUCAUCGCAUGAAACGUCCCGAUGGUUGCACGGAUGAAAUGUUUGCUUUAAUGGAGAGCUGCUGGUGCUCCGUUCCCUCCCACAGACCCACAUUUUCUGGACUCAAGGAGCGGCUGGGCGCCAUGAUAGGUGCCACUAACGAAGUCCCUCAAAGGUUGCAGCAACUUCAGGAAGCAUUGGACUCCACAAAGGAAUCUGAAGACAUUCUCCACAGUAAAGUGGAGACGUUGCCCUGCCAAGAAGAAGCGUACUUGGAGCCUCUACAGUAAAGUUGGAUUCUAGAAGGGCAUACUCUUCAAUGGAACCAUUAUUUAAGUGCAAUAUGAUAAACUAUUGAACACCCCAUUCUAGAAAUCAAAACCCAAUUACGACAAAGCUAUAUAGCAGCUAGCACAACCCUACUUGGGAAUAAAUAUUAAUGUUAAGUUUAAAACAA